UUUUUCAACCACCCAAUGUCAACCAGCCAAACUGGAAACUGAGUAAAGAGGGGAAAAAUUGAGAAAUUCCAAAUCCUUUCCUACGGAAAAUUAAAAAAUUCUAUUUUUCCUCCUCCUCGUCAAUUGAACAUCCAAAUCCGCCGGAAAAUGAAUUCCCGUUUCACAUCCCUCGUUUCUCGAUCACUCAAAUCCAAUCGCCACCACUAUCUCUUACCUCAAUUAUUCUCAUCUUCCACCGCCACACCAGCAUCUGCACCUCAAUUCCCCCAAACCCUCGAGGGUCUACGACACCGUUUAGCGGCGGAGUCACCUACGCUAUCCGACUUCAGUAGGCUCCAAUCAGAUAAGGAGUACUCGGUUGAGGUAGGGACGAAGAAGAAGCCGCUUCCCAAACCGAAAUGGAUGAAGGAAGCCAUACCUGGAGGAGAGAAGUACACACAGAUCAAGAAGAAAUUGAGGGAAUUGAAGCUUCACACUGUAUGUGAAGAGGCGAAAUGCCCUAAUUUGGGAGAGUGCUGGUCCGGUGGUGAAACGGGUACCGCUACGGCUACCAUCAUGAUUCUAGGUGAUACUUGUACCAGAGGCUGCAGAUUCUGCAAUGUGAAGACAUCACGCACUCCACCUCCUCCCGACCCAAAUGAACCUGCCAAUGUGGCUGAGGCCAUAGCCUCAUGGGGAUUAGAUUACAUUGUGAUCACUAGUGUUGACCGUGAUGAUUUACCUGAUCAAGGAAGUGGUCAUUUCACUGAGACAGUGCAGAAGUUGAAGGCAUUGAAGCCACAUAUACUCAUAGAAGCACUGACUCCAGAUUUUCGAGGAGAUCCUGGGUGUGUAGAAAAAGUUGCAAAAUCUGGAUUAGAUGUUUUUGCUCAUAACAUUGAAACCGUUGAAGAGCUUCAGAGUGUAGUACGAGAUCGUCGUGCUAACUUCAAGCAGUCCAUGGACGUUCUGAAGAUGGCGAAGGACUAUGCCCCUGCUGGGACAUUGACAAAGACUUCAAUAAUGUUGGGCUGUGGGGAAACCCCUGAACAAGUUGUUAAAACAAUGGAAAAAGUACGUGCGACGGGUGUUGAUGUGAUGACAUUUGGCCAGUACAUGAGACCAUCAAAGCGUCACAUGCCUGUUUCUGAAUACAUAACCCCCGAAGCCUUUGAGAAUUAUCAGGUUCUCGGCACACAAAUGGUAACAAAUAAUCCGAGAAUUACGUCUCUGGCCUUCUUGCUCAAAAUAUAUCAUGGAUUGGGCUUUCGAUAUGUGGCUUCUGGCCCCAUGGUUAGGUCGUCAUACAAGGCAGGGGAAUUCUAUAUUAAAUCCAUGAUAGAAUCUGAUCGUGCAGCAUCCUCUUUGUAGAUUCUGGUUAUAUUGCAUUUUGCAUCACAAACUUGAUGUUCACACAACAUUUUUUGAGAUUGAAAAGCCAUCCGACUCUUGUUUCCUGUUGGCCAUGUUCCUCUAAGAGAAAAGAGAGCUUGAAAAAAAAAGAUGUAGGUAUUCAAAGUCUGAUGGGCUAUAAUAUUUGCCUCGUGUAAGCUGCUGUUAUAUCUAAUAAUCUCACGCAGUUGUAUAUUAACUUGAUGUAAUUAUAUUCUUUAAAUGCUGAUUUUAGUUUAUUAAACAUAAGCAUCAGAAAGCUUGAUUA